AUAGAUAUUUCAGUGUGCCAAAUCAAAAGUUUCUGAAAUCCGCUAAACACAAACACAAACAAACCUUGUACAAAUCAAAACAAUAACGUAGUUAGGUUCCAUUGUUUCGAAGCUGAAGCGUCUUCUUACUAUCAGGUUUGAUCUUCUUGGAGUUUUCUUGAGACUGUUCUUGAUUUGGUUCUUUCUUCUUGUUCUCUUAACAGAUUGUGAAUUGGUGUGGAAAAACUGAGUUAUUUGGGAAGUGGUGUUCUGGUUAACCCUAAAUUUGUAAAUUUGUGAAGAUGGGUGCUACUGUUUAUGAUCAAAGUUUUAAUGUUAAUCUUGCGCCUUUGGAACCAUCUAGAAAGAGGAAAACUAGGAGUAGAGGAAAGGGGACUAAAUCUGUUGCUGAGAUUCUAGCGAAGUGGAGGGAAUACAAUGAACAUCUUUAUGCAGAGGGUGGUAAACCGAAGCGGAAAGCGCCGGCGAAAGGUUCGAAGAAAGGGUGUAUGAAAGGGAAAGGAGGGCCUCAAAAUUCAGAGAAUAGAUAUAGAGGUGUUAGACAGAGGACUUGGGGGAAAUGGGUUGCUGAGAUUAGGGAACCGAAUAGAGGGAGUAGGCUUUGGUUAGGUACUUUUCCUACUGCUCAAGAAGCUGCUCUUGCUUAUGAUUAUGCUGCGAGAGCUAUGUAUGGUCCUUCGGCGCGGCUUAAUUUUCCUCAUAUAUCGGAUUAUAGUUCUAUUUGUGAAUCUUUGAAGGACUCUUCUUUGGUUGCUGAUAGCUGUCCUUGUUCUUCAGUGGCAACUUCUGAAACUGUGUCUAGUCAUUCUGAGGUUUGCGCCCUUGAUGAUGUUAAGGAGAUACCUAAACUACCCGUGUAUAUGAACAAUACUGUUGAUGUUUUUAAUAAAGAUUAUGAAGUUUCGUCUCCGACUAGUAGAAUGAAGCAAGAGCCAAAGGAUGAGCAUGUUCAUAUAAUAGACCCUGGUAUUGAUGAAAUCAAAGAUGCUAAAUCAGAAGGAAUACAAACACAGACACAGGCACAUGAUGUUGUGCAGGUUGAAGAAGGUGUAUGUAAUGACCAGAUGGAUUUAUCAUGGAUUGAUAACUUUGACUUCAAUGGUGAUUGCUUGAAGAAUUUUACAAUGGAUGAGUUUUUUCAUGUGGAUGAGCUUUUGGGACAUAUAGACAAUAAUCCAAUAACUGAUGAACAUGGGAUGAUGCAAAAUUUGGAUUUUGGACAAAUGAGUUUUCCUGAAGAGAGCAAUCCUCAAGAGAGCCAUCCUCAGGUUGGAACUGAAACUACUACUUCAAGCUUCUUUUAUGAAUUGGAAAAUCCAGAUGCUAAGCUGUUGGGGAGUCUGCCUCAUAUGGAGGAGAACACAACACCAGGUGUUGAUUUUGGAUUAGAUUUCUUAAAAACAGAAGAGCCUGGGAACUAUAAUGAUGCACUUGGAGAUACACUAUUUCCUGUUCUGGACUAUGAUGUGAAUCAUGCAUCAAGGCCAAUGUAAGGAAGUGAAGGAAGAAUGAUUAGAGAAGACUUUAUGCACAAAUUUGCCUCACUAGUAGCUUGGUUCUUAUUUCUGUUGGUUCUUUUCCUUUUAGAAUGAAAUUCUCUGCAGUUUUUUUUUGAAAAAUGAGGAAUUUAGCUGACAACAUUUGUUUAUUUUUUUGGUUACUUUAUUUUCUGGGUUUAGUUUAGACUACCUUAGAACUUAUGUACAGUGCUGUAUAGGUCUAAUACUACAUGUUGACCACUGAUUUUGAUGUUA